CUGAUUAUAUCGAUUCGUGAUAUCACUUCAUGCCUUCUCAUACAAAAAAAUAUAUACAUAAAUGUCUUUAGUGUAAGAAAUAAAAACACCAAAGACAAUCCUGAAUUUUUAACCUGAAGAAUGCUCACAAGGUGUUCGACACAAUUCCCCAAUGAGUCUUGGUUGUUAUUUUUCUUAAAAACUCUUGUCACAUGGCUCUCACGUGAUAAAGUGUGCGUCACUGAUACAUGACCGUCGAUUUUCCCGCGUCUACCAUUCAGUUUUCUCUCGCACAAGUAAAACAAGAAAGCGCAAGAAGCUUGAGAAUCGUCACUCUUCCCAAACAUGAAGCCUCCUUCUCUGGAAGAUUGUCGAUUGGACGAAAGUUACUUUGCUGGAGGAGAUCACAUAAAGGCCAUGGUGAUUAUUGAAGAUUCGAUUUUUAAACAAGGGAAGGGCAAUGACCUCCUGGGUUUACUUCAUUUCCAGCAAGGUUCCAUCUUUAGGGCACAAGCGAGAAGAACAGAGAACAGUGACGUCAAGUUCACGUUUUUGUUAGGUUCUGUAGAAUGUUUUGCGGAAAGUGAAGGGUUCUCAUCGUUUACUGCUCUUUCACUGUUUGAAAUGGGUCAACAUCUUGGAUCGUCUAUGUAUUACAAGAAAUCUGUUGAGAAAGCAAAAGAGUACUUAUCUGUUUUGGCUGAGUUAGAUGAAUAUGGUCCGAAAGAGGUGAAGAGUCAAAAGGAUGUCGAAAGAAUAAUCGAAGAUGCAGAGUCAAGAAUCGCUGGAGGUAAGAGUCUAGUUGCUUCUCCUAUUGUAAGAAGCGAACCAAAAGCUAAGGAGUCGAAGAAAAAUCCAGACUCGAAAUUGAGGUCGUUUUGGAGAGGUUUGGAUGAUGAGUUCAAAAGGAACUUCCUGAAAAUGGAGAUUACAAAGCUUAUAAGUUUCGUCGAGGCAAUGUAUGGGAAAGAGGGACGAGAUGCUUUGGAUCAAGUUCUCACUUUUGCCAGGGAAAACAGAAAAUGGAGAUUCUGGAUGUGUCGAACUUGUUCAAAGAAGUUCUCUAGUCCUGAGGAGUGUAAGAAUCAUCUUGGACAAGAACAUGCUGCAGAAUUUAAACCGUCUUCGACAAAGGAUAUGCCCCAGACGGUAACUAAAGUCUGGGGUCAUAAGAUAUCCGUUGGAGGUUGGGAUCCAGUGGACGCUGCAGCUGCCGUUGAGAUGAUUAAGAAUCGGCUCCAAGAUGUGAAAGCGUUUGCAUAUGAGAAUGGAUGGUCCAAAGACUGGCCUUUAGCUAUAGAUGAAGAGCGCAGUAAGUUACUCAAGGAAAUCAAGUUGCUCCUUGUGUCAUUUUGGGAGCUUAAAAUUCUUUCUUGUAGUAUUCGAGACUGGAUGAUGCAGUUUCCGGUUAAGCAUCUUGCACAAUUUGAAGUUUCUGAGCAUACUCUUACUACCGAGUGUCGCCUAGUGGAAACACCUCAGAGUAUAUGUUUUCUGGAAUUUCGUGAACUCAAUCAAAUCCUGCACUUUCUAAGAGCCAUCAAAGGUGAAAGGGAUGAUGGCAAAAAUUUGGUUUGCAAAGCAGUGGACAGUUUCUGGGAUGGUACUCGAGUUAAAGAAAAGAUUGACUUUGACUCUCAGUUUUCAUUUCUGCUUCUGGAUAAGAGACUGCUGAAAUGCAAGCUGACUCGAUUCGAUAAUGAAGGGACAGUCAAUGUUUUUGAUCCUAAUGAUUACUAUGCCAAUGCACAGGUUCAUGGAGAUGAUAUCUUAUCUUGGUUGGCGGACUACUCUUUAGGAGAUGAGAUUUUUCGAUUUCCCAAACCUAUUAGGACACACAAUAUUGAUAUUUGGGUGGCUGUUCUGAGAGCUGUUCAGUUCACGUGUAGGACUUUGAGAACCAAAUAUGAAAAGAAAUUGCGGAUGAUAUGUUAUGAUGCAGCUCUUAUUGACGCCAAUAACUUAUGUAUACGUGAAGAUGAAAGGAGAAGGAAUAUUCCGGAAGAUCAGUGGACCUUAUAUGCAUCUCUUCUAUGCGAUAAAUGUGAAGAGAAUAUAAGGAGACACGCUGGAGAUUCUCUAACUACAAAACUAUCUUUGUGUGCAGUACAAGAUGUUCUCGGAGGAGCAUCGCAGCCGACAUUUGAUUUCACCGAUCUAGUAGAUUGCAGAAAUCUUAUAAAUGGGCAUAAACAUAUCAGUGAUGAUAUAGUAUUGAAGUCCAUUAAUCUUCUCAAAUCUGUGGUCACCUACAAGGUUCCGCUAGUCGAUUCAAAGAUUUUGUUGGUUGAGAAUUCGAGGAUUAGUUUGCUAAAGGACCUUGUCAGCCUUUCUGUUUUUGACUACCGCUCUUAUAUCCUUCAACCGGUGAAACUUUACUUAGAGGAAGAGUUAGAAGAUGCAGCACCACCAGAACUUUUAUCAGAGAAAAAACAAGAGAAGGCGAAGAAGUCAGGGUCAAAGAAGAGAAACCAUAAAAGCACGAAGAGAACUUCAGCGAGCAUGUCUAGUCAUCUUGACCAGGAUGUCGAACAGGCAAAAGAAGAUUCUAUGGAACUAGAGGACGACACUAAAGGUGAAAAGAGUCUAUUUGAAAUUUCAUCCAACACUAAUAAUCAAGAGGAAGCUACUAAAGAUAUGCAAAGCAUGCCUCGAGAAGAUUUGGAGACAGUAAAUGGCAAAGCUGCAACUAGAUACAAUUCAGCUCUUGACAUGAUGUUGAAGUCCCUCUGUAACAUUAAGGUUCUUAAAGAGGAUUUAGUGAACAAUCGGAAACCAUUUUCUGAAAACCAAGUUCCUUGUGCACUACGAGAUUUCUUUUCUGCUUUUGUCUCGGAGAAGAUAAAAGAAGAGGAACUCUAUGGUCACCUACUGAGCAACUUACUUGAUUCCCUAGAAGAACUUCAUUCCCUGUCAAGUAAUGCUGCUGAGGUACUUGUUGCAAUCCUCGAGUUUUGUCAUUGCUGGAAAAGUCCAGAAAGUGAAAGCUUGGUAACUCGCCUUUUUACAUUGGAGGAAUAUGAAAGAAUGAGUUGUAGAAAAUGCAGAAGGAAGCCAAAUUAUCCAGAGCAAAGUUCUUAUGGAAUUGUUAUGGCUGCAGAUUCAAUCAGAGACCUAGAGUGUGCUUUGGGGAAUAUAAUGUUUGAGGACACCCUUAAAGUAAUCCGCAUGAACAAUGAAAUGAUAUGUGAUGUUGGAACAGGAGGCUGUGGAGAGAGAAACCUUGUUCACCACACUAUAAGUAGAUGCCCGCCUAUCUUCACAAUUGGUAACUUUUGACCAUGAUUGUGAUCUUAUACUCAUAUUUCAUUUAUUUCGGUAUGAUAAAACAUUGUUGCUACUUUUUUUUUUGGGGUUUUAACAUUAGUGUUGGAAUGGGAGAAGAAUGAAACUGAAAUAGAAAUAUAUGAAACAACAAAUGCUUUGCACUGGGAGAUAGAUAUCAGCAGGUUAUACGAAGGCUUAGAACCAAACACUAACUACCGGCUUGUGUCAAUGAUUGGUUGUGUUGAAGAAGGAGAAUACAUUUGCAUGGCUUAUGAAAAGAACCGGUGGGUGAGCCGCAGACAUGAAGCUUCAGCAGAGGAGGUUGUUGGCAACUGGAAGAGUGUGGUCAAAAUUUGUGGAGAAAGGAAGAUUCGUUCAGAGGUUCUUUUUUAUGAAGCUGUUCAAUGAUAGAAAUGUAUUAGUAUGGAACUCAAGUUUGUAAUCUUUUGGUUCAUUACUUGAUUUUAGUAAUAAAGUACUAAUAAGAUAAUUGCAACAAAAUAUAUAAACAAUUGUUAACGACU